GAUGCUCAUGCAGUAAGAGUUUGGAGAAGUGCUGCUUGUACAAGUUAAAGCAGGCAGCGAGGAAAGCAACCGCAUAACAAGCCGCUGCGGGAACAAAGUGGACCUUCCUGAAAUUAAGCCAUGUCUUUCCUCACGAGAGUUUUGACAACGGCAUGCAAGCAGCCACUUGAAUGGGAGAGGACUUACUUCUACCAGGAGCUUUUUGCCUGCGGGUUUCACCAGCUGCCCAAGCUUUCCAGCAGCCCGUCGCUGGAGGUGCCGGACAAGUCGCCGGGGGCGGCAGCCGACAAAGCCCCGGGGCCGGCGGCGGGCUCGGGGGGCGCAGGGGGGCUGCUGGAGCCCCCCCGGCAGCGGCUCGGCAGGGUGAAGAGCCUGCAGGAAAUGCCGGGACCCAACACCCUCUACAAUCUUUACGAGUUCUUCUGGAAGGACGGCUUUGGCCGCAUUCAUGAGAUCCAGCAAAAACACACUCAGGAAUACGGAAAGAUCUUCAAGUCUCACUUUGGUCCCCAGUUUGUUGUAUCCAUUGCAGAUCGAGAUAUGGUUGCUCAAGUCCUCCGAGCAGAAGGUAGAGCACCACAAAGAGCUAACAUGGAAUCAUGGCAGGAAUACAGAGACUUGCGAGGAAGAGCAACGGGACUUAUUUCUGCGGAGGGGGAACAAUGGCUAAAAAUGCGAAGUGUACUGAGGCAAAAAAUUCUGAAACCCCAAGAUGUGGCUGUUUACUCUGGAGGAGUCAAUGAAGUUAUCACGGAUUUGAUUAAAAGGAUCCACACCCUCAGAAGUCAAGAGGAUGAUGGGGAAACAGUGACCAAUGUUAACAACCUUUUCUUCAAGUAUUCAAUGGAAGGUGUGGCAACUAUUCUGUAUGAAUGCCGGUUGGGCUGCCUGGAAAACAACAUCCCACAGCAGACUGUUGAAUAUAUUGAGGCUCUGGAAUUGAUGUUUAGUAUGUUUAAGACCACUAUGUAUGCAGGUGCUAUUCCCAAAUGGCUUCGUCCUCUUAUUCCAAAACCCUGGAAAGAGUUCUGCAGAUCCUGGGACGGACUCUUCAAAUUUAGUCAAAUCCAUGUUGACAACAAAUUGAAGGCUAUUCAGUCUCAACUGGACCAAGGAGAAGAAGUGAAUGGUGGGCUACUUACAUACCUCCUAGUGAGUAAGGAGCUUACUUUGGAGGAGAUUUAUGCCAAUAUGACUGAAAUGCUGCUGGCAGGAGUGGACACAACUUCUUUUACUUUGUCCUGGGCAACAUACUUGUUGGCAAAGCACCCUGAGGUUCAACAACGUGUUUAUGAAGAAAUAGUCAAUAACCUGGGGAAAGACCAAGUUCCUGUUGCUCUUGAUGUUCCCAAAUUGCCCUUGAUUAGAGCUGUGCUGAAAGAAACCCUGAGGUUGUACCCAGUAUUGCCAGGAAAUGGAAGAGUGACCCAGAAAGAUUUGAUUGUUGGAGGAUACUUGAUACCUAAAGGGACACAGCUGGCACUCUGUCAUUAUGCUACUUCAUACAGUGAAGAGAAUUUCCCAAUGGCAAAUGAGUUUCGACCUGAGCGCUGGCUGAGGAAAGAUAAUUUGGACAGAGUAGACAAUUUUGGUUCCAUCCCCUUUGGUUAUGGCAUUCGAAGUUGUAUUGGAAAAAGAAUUGCAGAACUGGAAAUUCAUCUUGCACUGAUUCAGUUGCUUCAGAAUUUUGAAAUCAACAUUUCUCCCAAAACUGAACCAGUUCAUGCCAAAACCCAUGGACUUUUGACACCUGGAGACUCCAUCAAUGUGAGAUUUUCUGACAGAAAGUGAGACUCAACUGUUUUGGAAAUACUUGUGUGUUUUUUGUGGAAACAGGCUUGUAUCUUAUGGAUGUUUGAUCGUGUGUGUUCUCUGGUUUGUACUUACUUGGCAAAAUGAUCAAGUAUUAUGCUCUGCCUUAGACCCAGCAGAACAUAAAAGAAGUUACCUCUCCUAUAACAGACAAUUACAUGCUAAAGGCAUGAAGAUACAUGCUAAAAUAAUUCCUCCUUGCACUGAAAUUCUCUAUUUUUCUUUAUUUCAAAUUGUAACAACACAUGUACUGAAAAACACAAAGUGAAAUUCAGACAUGUUGGUGUCAUUCAGUAGUUUUAUUACACUGCUUUGUCAUAAAAGUUAAUUACUCAUGUGAGUCUGUUUGAGAGCAAGAGGAUUACUCUAUGAUAUAUGCAAAUUAGCUGCAUUUAUGAGUUUGCGUUUUUGUUUCGUGUCCUCCAGUGUGCAUUUUAAAAAUUUCCACAUAACAUUGAAAUUAUGAGAUCAUUUUUCUCUUGUCUGUAAAAACAUUUACACUACAUAUAUUUAACGAUAUGAAAAGUAAUGACUGAAAAAAAUACAGCUUGUCAACUUGCCUAGACUCAAAAUUCAGAGCAAUUUACAAUUUAUCCAAACAUAAUUCCCAUAAAAAGUUUCCAUAUGAUUAAAAAAAAAAUCUUAAGAGUUUAAAUGUCAUAUUGUAUGUAGAGUUAUGAACCUAGACAUUGUUCUUAUCACCAAAGCAAAAGCUGAGUGGAACAGCACAAGCCACUUUCAGUGUUCUAGCUAAUAUUAUGCCAAAACCAAGUGUAAAUAAUAAAAAUGAAGAAUUUGUUACAUUUUUAUCAUUUAAUUAAAAUACUACUAUUAACUAUCUUCACAGUUCUUCAACAAUAAGGACUGGAAACUUCACAUGUAGUUCCCGUAGGCAGGUGCACAGUUGCCUUCUGUAAGACGGAAGUGUGUUUAUUGAAAUAUUUGGAUGUUCUACUUUUUUUUUUUUCUUCUAGUGUCUAAUACAAAGAGGGGAUACCAGAAAGAUAGUGGGGUUUUUUUGGUUUUAUUUUUCUUGUGACAACUAACAAAAGAACAAAAGUCUCUUGCAUGAGACUUCAGUCUUUAGAUAACUUUAGUAUCACUGUACAUUCUCAUUUUUGAGAGAAACCUUAUACAAUGGGACCAUGUUACGCCUUGAACAACACUCAAACCUGCAUAUCCUAACAUGAUAUUAUCUAUAUGAUAAUGUAUAGUUAACUGUUUACAUGUCAGGCAGGCUUUGACUGUUGUUUGUGAGGUAGUUUACAUACUGAUAAUGAUAAAGUUUCGGACAUAUGGAGAGUUAGAAAAAGUUGUGUAACUCAAUAUUUAAAAUCACAAUUUUCUUUUCUCAUCUAGCUAUAAUACAUCAAAGAUAAGUUAUGAAUGAAAUACUACACUUUAAUUAAAACGGUACACAUGAAAUUCUGUGUAGCUAACGCAUUUUUAUAGUGUUUUGGUUACUUUUUGUAGUGCCUUUUCAAAGUCUUGACAAAAGAAAAAAAUUCCUCUCCUUCCUAUGAUUCUCUUAUAUAAAAUAACACUAAAAAAAACUCAUCUGUAGGAAGAUUAAAUGUUUACAUGACUUUAAAAUGUUAGUCCUGUACUGAGCAUAUACUUGUACUAUAGGAAAAGCAGGUAAUCUGCGGAGGGUUUUUUCUUGAAUGAGCUGGCCUUCUGAUGCUGUUUUCCAGGAAUUCACAUUAUACCCAUUUAUUUUCUGUCCCACUGUUAUUUUCAAUCUUAAGUAGAAUGAACAGAGUUGUAUCUGCUGGAGCAAGCUGACAAAAAAUAGGAGAUUUUUUUUUUUUUUCCAGAGGUCUGUUCAAGUCUGUGGAUUGAGUAUUUGACUAAACAACUCUGACAGUUUUUGUUGACCUUAGGACCAAAGGCCCAAGCCCUAAAUCCAAAUAUUGAUUCUUUAGAGGGCCUUCUUUUCGCAUUGUCACAGCAUCUUUAGAAGCCCCAGCCAUUGCUAUGUUGCAGUACAUUUUCUACUUGAUGCCAGUUCCUAACUGAUAGAUCACUGUGGAAGAGGGAAGAGACAUUCUUAAAUGCUCUUUAAAGAAUUUGAACCUUUUCAUGAAAACAGUAAACCUGUGUUUUGUUUUAAUAGAAUUUUGUUUUAAUAGGACAUGUAAGUUGUCUUUUACACAUACAUAAUAAAGUAUUUAUACAGAAUUUACAAGUCCUGUU